ACUCGGCUGAUCAGCUCAACACUUUAACAACAGCGUUGGGAGAAGCAAAGCGCGAGACUUGGUGUUAAAGACUCACUUAUCACUUUAUUAUUUUAAUCAAGCAUGGCGGUCAAGGCGCGCUCGAUUGAUUUUUGACAUCCUCCGUUUUUUUUUGUUUUUUUAUGUUUUUUAACUUUAGGAACUCCAGCGCUUAAAAAGAAAACUCGAGUUUUAAGAGGCUGCGCGUGAGUAAAAGAGUUGGGCGUGAGUUGGGAAAACUCCCUCAUUUGAACCACUUGUGCAUGAUAUUUUCGGUCCUUUGACGCCUUAUAUCGUUGGAAACCGUUUUAAACGCCUGAAUCAUGGGGUGCACCCUGAGCUCGGACGACAAGAGCGCCCAGGAGAGGAGUAAAAUUAUAGACAAAAAUCUGCGGGAUGAUGGAGAGAAAGCGUCGCGAGAGGUCAAGCUGCUGUUGCUCGGGGCUGGGGAAUCUGGGAAGAGUACAAUUGUCAAACAGAUGAAAAUUAUACAUGAGGCAGGCUACUCAGAGGAGGAGUGUAAACAGUACAGAGCGGUGGUCUACAGUAACACCAUCCAGUCCAUCAUUGCCAUCAUAAGGGCCAUGGGCCGCCUCAAAAUUGACUUUGCAGAUGGUGCCCGGGCUGAUGAUGCAAGGCAGCUGUUUGUUCUGGCUGGCUCUGUGGAUGAGGGAUUCAUGACGGAGGAGCUGGCUGGAAUCAUCCAGCGACUAUGGAAGGAUGCAGGAGUGCAGGCUUGUUUCAGUCGCUCCAGAGAGUACCAGCUGAAUGACUCCGCCUCAUACUACCUGAAUGACUUGGACAGAAUAUCCAGUGCUUCUUACGUCCCCACUCAGCAAGAUGUCCUGAGGACCAGGGUGAAGACUACUGGUAUUGUGGAGACCCACUUCACCUUCAAAGAUCUUCACUUCAAAAUGUUUGAUGUGGGCGGUCAGAGGUCUGAGAGGAAGAAAUGGAUCCACUGCUUUGAGGGUGUGACCGCCAUUAUCUUCUGUGUGGCUCUCAGCGAUUAUGACCUUGUCCUGGCUGAGGAUGAGGAAAUGAACCGAAUGCAUGAAGCUAUGAAGCUGUUUGACAGCAUCUGCAACAACAAGUGGUUCACAGACACUUCCAUCAUCCUGUUCCUCAACAAGAAGGAUCUGUUUGAGGAUAAGAUCAGGAAAAGCCCACUUACUAUUUGUUUCCCAGAGUAUGCCGGUUCCAGCACGUAUGAGGAUGCAGCCGCCUAUGUUCAGUGUCAGUUUGAGGACCUGAAUAAGCGGAAGGACACCAAAGAGAUCUACUCCCACUUCACCUGCGCCACUGAUACAAAGAAUGUGCAGUUUGUCUUUGACGCCGUCACCGAUGUCAUCAUCAAAAACAACCUCAAAGACUGUGGGCUCUUCUAAGUUAAGCCAACACGCUGUGUCGAGCAGCCUGAUGGGAAAUCUUUGGGAGAACCAGAGCGAGAGGAGAGUCAACCAUGAACAUGAAUGUUGAAUGCAUUACUUAACUUUUUAUUUAUGUUUUCUGAAUAUUUUAACAUUUUUAGAAAAAAAAAGCCUUUUUAUGUAAAAUAUUUGUACAACUGACAUUGUUGCUGAAUUUUUCAGUUUUUAGGUUUUUGCUUUACAGAUACUUUGUAAAGGAUAAUUUUCACUCUAAGGGUUUUUGGGGAAAAAUGUUCUGUCUCUACUAUGAAUAUUAAGGUCAUGUGCAUUGCAUUUUCAUUUGCAGUUAAUAUUGCAGUGCUCAACUAAAUUAAAUAAGAGACACUUGCUAUUUAUCCACAAUGUUAUCAUGAAAACAUUUUCACUAGUACAAUGAAUAGACGUGGAAUACAUGAGAAUUUUAAGACCAAACAAUUGUCGGUGAUCGUAGAGCUGUGAACUUGAAGGGGAUAAAUCAGAGCAUUUAGGUCUUUGAAAUGUACAUCGCCGCCUCGUGUGCCCAGAAUAUUUUAUUUUGGAGCAUUUAUAUGUGAAGCUUUCUGCUGAUCUGAGUACAGCCAUCAUACAAGGACAACGUGUGCAUGUUAGAUUUGCCUGCGAUUAGAAUGAUGGAAAAACUGUGGUGAGACUCGCGUUUGCUAAUGAAUUUGGCCCUCUGCACCUGCAACUCAUGAACUGUUUAAUGGAGAAUUCUGAAAAAGGUCACAGCAUAUUGUGUGUUUUAUAAAGGGAUUUUAUUGAUCAAAGGAAACCAUUUUUUCUUUUUUCUUUUUUUAUCAAAGGGACCAAAGGCUUUUACUCUUCUGAAUUCCAAUAACACAUUUCCUUUGCACUAGGUCCAUAUAAUCCAUGUUAUGUAACGCAUAAUUCAACCACCUGUACAAUGUGAUGUGUGGUGGAAAACCACAGGAAAAGUGCAGAUGUAUUUUCGGACAGUAAUGUGUAUGAUCAAUUAAAAUGGUUUUAAACUUCA